AUGAAUGUGUUACUCUUACAGAUAACUUGCCCUGGAGUGCUGCUGAAAGACAAAGAGGAACUUUAUCUCAGUGUCUCUGUACUUGGGCAGUACAAAAGAACUCAAUGCGUCCCUGCAGCAUUUCCACUUUUCUUUCAAGAAAAACUAGUAUUUGAAAAGGCAUUUGCUGAUAUAGUUGAUCCUGGAGACCUUGUCGACUUACUGGAACUUGACACUGCAGUACUUGAACUAAUACAGCUCGUUCCUCCAGUAGGAAAAAUUCUAGCUACGUAUGAAGAAAAUACAAGAGAUUUCCUGUUCCCUGACCCUAAGCUUACCCGUGGCCACCAUGGUUUAGAUCGUGAGAUUUUAAUGAAGAGGUCUUCUUCUUUUACAGGAAUUGCACCAAAAUUGAGAUUUUCUACAAGCUCCCUUAUUACAGAAAGUCUGUUAAGCUCAGGAAGGAGUCACAUACAGGGUGAUUUGAAUUGGGUACAUCACUCAACCCCAAAUGGAAAAUUACAAAAAAAGUUACCAAAGAAAAAUACUGUUCCACCUGAGAAAAACAGGCACAGCUUAGCAACAAAGAACUACGAACAGCCUACAAUAGCUUCUAAAUCACGUUCUCCAUCUCCAUACACGAAAAGAAGGAUGUGCGAGCUGUCAGAAGAAGCCAGGCAACGACUGGCCCAUUUAAACCUUGGUCCCUAUGAAUUCAGAAGAGGAACCGAUAAACCUCCGUUUGUAGUUAGACGGGUUGAACAACCAAGUCCUGGUAUUAAACUCCAUACCUGGUGUCCUAUGCGAGAAAGUGCAGCAGAAGCCUGGACCAAGGUAGACCAUGAUCCUUCUCUUCUCGGCAGCUACAGACCCAAGAAAGCUGAAGCAAAAUCUACUCAUGGAAAAGACUUUGACAGUUCUGAUGUUUGCAAUGAGGAUGUGAUCUCAGAUCCACCCAACAGACAGUCCCAUUCUGCUGGUUCAUUAUCGCAUUCAGCACCUCCAGCAUUUCAGAAGCAUUCUCUAAGUUCUGUGCUAAAUCGAUCUUCUCUAAGGGAAAGGUUUAGCUCUGGUUGGCCUUCACCAGCAAAUGGAGAUGAGAUCCAUAAGAGAGUGAAAAAUAUUUUAAGGACACACAGUGCUAGACAGCGCCUAAUAUUUGAUGAGAGUAACUCAUCAAAAGGAGACUUGACUAAGACAAGAGAAUCUUCACAUAAAGCACCCUUAUCCAUCAGUGAACUGCAGAGCAGAUCACCAGUGCAGCAGAACACUUCUGUUCACUUGGAUGAUGGUGUAUAUUGGUCUAGUCGUGAAGCUCUAUACAAAGGGAAGCCUCACAGAGCAAUCUUUGAAGAGAGUCUCGAGAAAAUAUACAGAAACAUGUACCGAAAAGCUUCUGGCACUGUUUCAGACCAAAAAACACACUCCUGA